AUGGUCAGCGAGCAGACGCCGGUGGCCACCGAGCCGGAGCUGGAGAGCGGCGACGCGGCGCCGGAGGUCAUCAAGGCCGAGGAGCCCGCAGAGGACGGCGCGCCCGUCGUCGAGGACGUCAAGGAGGGCGACGGUGACGAGGAGGAGGAGGAGGACGAGGAUGACGACGAGGACGACGAGGAUGAAGACGGCGAGCUGGGUGUGGCCGGGAGCGAGGGGUCGAAGCAGAGCCGGAGCGAGAAGAAGAGCCGCAAGGCCAUGAUGAAGCUGGGGAUGAAGCCCGUCACCGGCGUCAGCAGGAUCACCAUCAAGAGAGCCAAGAACAUCCUGUUCGUGGUGUCGAAGCCGGACGUGUUCAAGAGCCCGACGUCGGAGACGUACGUGAUCUUCGGGGAGGCCAAGAUCGAGGACCUGAGCUCGCAGCUGCAGGCGCAGGCGGCGCAGCAGUUCAGGAUGCAGGACCUGAGCAAGGCGAUGAGGCCCGACGCGGCGGCGGCCGGGGCGCCCGCCGACGAGGAGGAGGUGGUGGACGAGACCGGCAUCGAGGCCCGCGACAUCGACCUCGUCAUGACGCAGGCCAGCGUCUCCCGCGCCAAGGCCGUCAAGGCCCUCAAGGCGCACGACGGCGACAUCGUCAGCGCCAUCAUGGAGCUCACCGCCUAG